UUUCGUUCAUUCAUUAGACAUCAGAGCAGUUUUAUUUUUGAAGGAAUUGGGCGGAAGUAUCUGUCUAAAAAUGUGACAUGCGCAGUACAGCUAUGUCUGAAGGAGACGGCGGAGCAGCUGCAGAGCUGAAAGAAGUAAUGGAAACAACCAUGCGGAGGCUGCGGGACAGAUUUGAGAUGACGUCUGGACAGCUGGAGUCAAACAUUGAUCAAAUGGGCCGCCGCAUCAAAGACCUGGAGAAGAACGUGGCGGAGCUGAUGUCCCAGGCCGGCAUGGAGGCGUCCUCUGAUGUCAGUGAAUCUGUCUGAUGGGACCUUUGAGGUCUGAAGGUUUCGUUCAGAACAGCGUCCUGUCACGGCUCAGUGACUCUUCAGUCCAUUAUUACAGAAAAGCCUGAGAUGUUCCAGAAGUUUCUGCCAAAGAAAACCAGCCAAAACCUGAA